AUGCUGUCUGUGCCCCUCGAGGAUGCCCCCCGGACGUGCUUGCCAUUUCGCCGCGCCCCCCUGGCUAUGCUCAUCCCUGCCCGGGCUCCUCACCCCUGUCUCUCACUGUCCCCAGUGCUCACCACCAUUGACUGGCAGGAUUUGGCAGCCUGUGCCCCCAUCCUUCCCACCACCCCAGCUGGCCCUGUGACCCUGCAGCAGGGUCCCUGCUUCCAGGACGGACCGGAGUUUGAUUUCCAGGAGUUCAGAGAUGCUGUCGAUGACUUUAUAUCUGAUCCAUCCACCUCAGUGCCACCACCACUGGACUGUGCCGACUUUGAUUUCUCACUUGGCGAGGAGGUGGCAUUUGGCCCCUGCACCCCGCAGCUGGAGAGCAGCGCUCUGGCGCAGGUGCCCCCGCAGCACCUGCCUUCCCCCGAGCCGUGCUGGAGGGACCUGGCGGACCAGCACCAGAAAGCGCUGGGAGAUGCCCUGGAGGCAAACAGCCAGCUGCAGGAGACCCUCACGCAGAGGCAGGAAGAGCUGGCGACGCUGAGGGAGAGCAACGUGCAGCUAAAGGAGCUGGCGAGCCAGGCCAGGCAGCUGGCCGCCGUCCUUGACACGCUGAUGCUCCCGCAGUGCGCCGACGAGGCGGCCCUUCCUCCUCCUCUUCCCCCGCCUCCUCCCCCUCCUCUUCAUCCUCCACCUCCUCCUCCCGCCGCCGCCACCGCCCCGGCCGGAAUCUGGGGCGGGCGCGGGUGGCCGGAGCGGCGGGAGGAGGCGGCGGGCGUGGACGCCAUGCUGCGGGAGGUGUCGGAGAAGUGCCGCGCCGCCCUGCGGAGCCUGGGGGGCAGCCCGGGGGGCAGCCCGGGGGGCAGCCCCACGGCCAAGCGCCCGCGGCCGGCCCCGCGCCUGCACGGCGCCUUCCGCGGGCUGCGCACCGGCCGCGCCGCCCCGCGCCCGGUCGGCGGGGGGCUGGAGGGGGGCGGCAGCCUGCGGGCGGCCCUGGGGGAGGCGGGCGGCAUCCGCACCCUGGCCUUCCCCCAGGGCAACGCCUUCACCCUCCGCACCGUCGCCGGCGGGUACCGCUUCCGCUGGGUGCCGCGCUGA